AUGUGGACGUGGUUUUCGCGCUGUGUACCUGGCUUAAGCUUGCUAUCACUGAUAGCACUGCUGCUCGUGGCCUUUCCAGAUAUCACAAGUGGAAUCUCCCAUUUCGCGCCUUGGUCGGGGAAUGCGCCAACGACGAAGGCUCCCGAUCACGGUCAUCAUGGAGCGUCUCGACACCCGCUUCCCCUGUCGCUGGCCCAGAAGAUUUUCAUCGGAUACACCGUACUAGUUCACUUGAAUGCCGUCACCUUCGUGGGGAGGUUGGCAUGGGCGCUGUCACGAAUGACAUAUGCAACUCGCGCCGUGUUGCGUCGACGUCCAGCAACCAAGUCUUUCUGCAGCCCAGCCGGUUCAGAGACUCCUCCCUUUGCCGAUAGUCCGAUCAUGACCCCAGCUCUAUCCGAGUUCUCGGAUCCUAUGAGCUUUGAUCUAAACGAUCUCGAAAAUGGUGAUGGCGGCGAAGUCGUGCAUGCCAUUAUCCUGCCCAACUACUCCGAAGAUUUAGAAACACUGCAGACUACGCUCAAGGUUCUUGCAAGCCAUCCACGGGCCGCAACUCAAUAUGAGAUCUUCCUUGCUAUGGAACAGAAAGAAGUCAAAGCUCCCGAGAAAGCAGUAACUCUCAUAUCGACGUUUCAAGGACAGUUUCGUGAUAUUUGCGGCACCUUUCAUCCUGCUGGGCUACCUAGGGAGAUUAGUGGUAAAGGGUCUAAUGUGGCUUGGGCCGCAAAGCAUAUCGUGGAGACGCGCCGGGAUGCAUCUAUCGAUGCACGAGACGUGAUCAUCACAGUCAUGGAUGCCGAUACCCAUCUUUCGCAGGAUUACUUCAAUGAAAUUCGCCGAAUCCACUGGCGCGAGAACGCCGAUGCAGAGCGUGCAUUCUAUGCCUCCCCCAUUAUCUUUGAUCGCAACUCGAACGAUGUGCCAAUCCUAGUGCGAUGUGCUGAUUUACUCUGGGGCUUUGCUGGUAUCUCAGCCAUGUAUCCUGGCUGUGCAAUUGUCAUCCCUACUUCUGUGUACUCUCUACCACUUGCCCUUGCAAGAAGAGUCGGUGGGUGGGACGGCGACUCUACAUCCAUCGGUGAGGAUAUGCAUAUGCUUCUCAAAUGCUACUUUGAGACAGCUGGAGACGUUAUUACACACGUUAUAGCUAGCCCGGCUAGCCAGUGCAAUAUUGAGAGCGCUGGGGAUGGAAAUUGGGGUCCUUAUACGUCAACCUUGUUUGCUCGCUAUCGCCAAGCUCUUCGUCACAUGUGGGGAGCACUUGACACGGGUUAUUCUGUUCGCCAAAGUGUGGGAGGUCUUUCGGGUAAAGGAUCUCAGCGACUGCGUCUUCGUACCCGACAUUUGGCGUUACUGCAUCUCCUGUUCGAGGCGCAUUUUCUGCCAAGCCAUUUAACAAUCCUCCUAUUGUUCUCCGCUUUAUACACCGCAUUUGUUCCCACCGCGCAUAUUCAUCCGACGUUAGCCUGGGCAUUUUUUAUUACUGGGUUUUUGCGUGGAAUGUCGUUUGUUGGAAUGAACGCGUGUAUUACUUUGUACGAUCGUUGGUAUUCGAUCUGCAUUAGGUCUCGUUCAAACGACAUGGCGAAAGCCGGUUUGAAAGACACUGGAUUCUCUUUCAGAAAGUGGUACCAACUCCAGCAACUCGCUGAACGCAUCUGCUUCCCUAUCGCAGGCACUGUCUUUGGCUCAAUUCCUGCUAUCCAAGCCGAAGUCUCGCAUUUCUUCACCGAUCGGCUGGUUUAUCGCGUCAGCAAAAAACCAUCAUUUGCGUCUACUCCUAUUGCUGUCCCGGCAUAA